AUGGGUCAUUGUACUAGUAAAGGUUCGUGUAGCGACAAGAAACCUAAAGUUUCCAGUAAUAUUAAAAAAUCUGAACCGAAGGUUCCGAAGAAAGUAGCAAUGAGGAAUCAGAAGAAAGUAGCACUGAGAAGUAGAAUUGAGGAAUCUGAAGGAAGUAGCGUUGAGAAAUCUGAAAGAAGUAGCGUUGAGGAGUCUGAAAGAAGUAGCGUUGAGGAAUCUGAAAGAAGUAGCGUUGAGGAGUCUGAGAGAAGUAGCGUUGAGGAGUCUGAGAGAAGUAGCGUUGAGGAGUCUGAGAGAAGUAGCGUUGAGGAGUCUGAAAAAAGUAGCGUUGAGGAAUCUGAGAGAAGUAGCGUUGAGAAAUUCUGA